CGGCCUCGACACAGUCAAAAUUCCAGCAGACAACAAAAUUCCCAGUUUCAAAGCCACAGUUUUUGGCUCCUCGUUUUUGUCCACUUUAUGUCACUUUGUGUUCCACUGUGCGUUGCGCGGCCUCACCGAAGAUUGAGAAGAAGAAGAGCUGCGAACAGCUGAGGCCGAUAGUAACAAUCGAUUGCUAUCGUAAUCGUUUACUUGGAUUGCUGCGAUUUUUCCAUAUUUUCCGAGUACUUACAAGAGACAAAAAUUGGAUCAGAUAAUGGUGGAGACCCUACAAAUUAGCGGAUCUUUUAAUACGGUAUAACCACCGAAUAAGCAAGAAGAAGCAUAGCGAGUGUGGCAGCCAAAACAACGAGAAUCACACGCACGCACACAGCCACAAAAAUUACGUGCAGAGCGCAAUCUAUUCCCCCCAUUUUCCUCCGAAAAUAAAGCAAGGCAGGCGGAAAAUCAUCCAAAUUGCGACGCAUUUUGGAGAGCGACGGAAAACCAACAAGUGGAUACAAAAGAGGAAUCCCUAAAAGCCGAGCCAUCCCCAGCAGGAGUCACAACAACUUACAGAUCAACUUUGCAGAUCAGCAGAGCAAGAAGAAGAAGCGGCGGCCAGCUGAGUAGCGAAGCAAAGCAGGGGCGCAGGGGAAUCCGAGUCCAGAAGCAACUGCAGCGGGCGCGGAGGAAGCGGUAGAAGGAACAGAGGUAGAAGGCGCAUAGGCGGCGGGCAGCAGCCACCAUGAGCAUGGUGCGGCGGAUUAUCCUGCUGGGCCCCAAAUACAGUGUGUGGGCAAAGGGAAGCGGGGCUGGUCAAUCACAGCGCUCGGCAAGAUGUGUUAUCCUAAGCGCAGGAUCUGCGGAUGACAGCAACUGCGGCGUAAGACGCUUCCACCUAGCAACACGGAACUGCGCAAGGAAUCGACUGAUGAGAUUGGAGCCCGCGAUGGCAAUACCAGCAUAUAUUGAUGUAACCAACGCCACCUCCAGAACGCCAGGGGACUCCAGCGACAGUGGUAGCGGCAGCGAAGGGGGAGCCAGUGCGUCGGGAGGUAGUGGAGCGAAGAGCCCAGGCAGUGCGGCUGGUUCUGGAGCCAGUUCGGCUAGUGGCGCCGAUCCGCCAGGCGGCGGCAGUGACAAGUUCCUCUCGUGCCCAAAGUGCGGCAGCGCCUGCACCCAGGUUGAGACUUUUGUGAGCUCGACGCGGUUCGUUAAGUGCGCCAAGUGCAACUACUUCUUCGUUGUGCUCUCGGAAGUGGAGACCAAGCAGCGCACCAAGGACGAGCCCAAGAACCAGCGCAAGCCGCCACCUCCACCACAAAAGAUAAUGGAGUACCUGGACAAGCACGUUGUGGGACAGGACUUUGCCAAAAAGGUGCUGGCAGUGGCCGUCUACAACCACUACAAGCGCAUCCACCACAAUCUGCCGCAACUGCAAAACCAGGGAGCUGGUGCCAGUGGAUCCGGGGGCGGCCUAGAUGGUAUUCCUCGGCCCGACCUGCUACACAUUACCGGUAUAGGACACACCCUGAACAGCUCCCCGGGCAACGAACUGCCUCCAAAGUCGCCGUCUCAGAUGGGCAUGGGCGGGGGAAUGGGAGGACCUGGACUUGGAGCAGGACUAACGGGUGCAUCAUCCAGCAGUGCGCGUGGAGGUGGCGACCAUCGAUCCGGAUCAGAAAUACUUGACCGCCAGUCCGGCGAUGUCAAACUGGAGAAGAGUAACAUAAUCAUGUUGGGCCCCACGGGAUCCGGUAAGACGCUGAUCGCCCAGACCAUAGCCAAGUGCCUGGAUGUGCCCUUCGCCAUUUGCGACUGCACCACGUUGACACAGGCGGGCUAUGUGGGCGAGGACAUCGAGAGCGUUAUUUCAAAGCUGCUGCAAGAUGCCAACUACAAUGUAGAGCGCGCACAGACGGGCAUUGUUUUCCUCGACGAGGUGGACAAAAUCGGUGCCGUCCCCGGAAUUCACCAGCUUCGUGACGUUGGAGGCGAGGGCGUGCAGCAGGGCAUGCUAAAAAUGCUCGAAGGCACAGUGGUCAACGUGCCGGAGCGGAACUCCCCGCGCAAGCUGCGUGGCGAAACAGUCCAGGUGGACACCACAAAUAUCCUUUUCGUGGCCUCUGGUGCCUACACAGGACUGGACAGGCUUAUCGCACGUCGUCUCAACGAAAAGUAUUUGGGUUUCGGCAUGCCUUCGACCAGCGGAUCUGGCCGUCGUGCAGCUCAAUCAGCCGCCAGUCCCAUGGACAACGACCAGGAGGAGCGUGAUAAAUGCCUGACCAAAGUGCAGGCUCGUGAUCUCGUUGAGUUCGGCAUGAUACCGGAAUUCGUUGGACGUUUCCCGGUUAUCGUUCCCUUCCACAGUUUGAACGUUAGCAUGCUUGUGCGUAUCCUUACCGAGCCGCGAAACGCUCUAGUGCCGCAAUAUAAGGCACUCCUGGGUCUUGAUGAGGUAGAUCUUACGUUCACCGAGGAUGCUGUAAAGUCGAUAGCCCAGCUGGCGAUGGAAAGGCACACGGGAGCUCGUGGACUGCGCUCCAUAAUGGAACAACUGCUGCUGGAUCCCAUGUUCAUAGUGCCUGGUUCAGAUAUUCGAGGUGUUCACAUAACCGCCGAUUAUGUCAAGGGCAGCUCCACCCCCGAGUACAGUCGUGAUGCAGACGCCCCGGCAUCUGGGACGGUUGCGACGGAUUCCGAUACCACAACCGAUAAUGAUAAGAACUUUGAGAAUAGUGAGAAAUCUGGUUUGAAUGGUAAAUUUAUUGGUUCAUCGUAGAUCCCUUCCUCGAACCCAUCACUCUGUAAAAUAUGACCCGCUGAGGAGUGUAUGAAUGCUUUCGCAUACAAUCAUAAAGAAUAUAUCCUCAAUCCCAUAUGCAUCUGUGAUUCAUAAACGACAAGCAGCGCAAUCUUUUGAGCCCGAAGCACUUGUAAGUGGAAUAACAAAUCCAAAGUGAUUCAUGAAUAAGAGCCACAGUUUUUUUUAAACAUUAUAUUAUACAAAGAUCGGAAAUCUGCAAUGUUGGCAAUGAUGUGGUCAAUUGGCGCUAGGAUCCUCUCUUGCAUAUACCAAUUAUAUAUACAAACGUAAACAUAUAUUUAGGCAAAUUUUUGCAUAGUCUAAAUUGAGUUUCGAAAUGAGUUCUUGUAGCGUUGUAAUUAUGACAAACGAGAAGCACGUUCUACUUUUAACUAAUUUAAGUUGAAAAAUACAUUUCUAAAACAAAAAAUAAAUAAAAAAAUGAAAAAAAUU